GGAAAUUUAAGAUUUAGGAGAAUGUGGACACCUAAUCCACCAGAAGAUUCUUUGAUAAAUUAUCUCGUAUCCAAUGUAAACUCUCUGAACUCGAAAGAUGAAGAUGAUACUGUGGAAGAGGAAGAUACUCCAUUGCUUGAAGAACUCAGAAGUGUUUCAGGUUAUUGGGGAGUUCACGAUAUAGACAAAAAUCCAUGGAAUGAUGACGCGAGGCCGUACAUCAAAUUGAACAAUUUCAAAGACUUGCAGUUUACCGAGGAAGAAAGUACAGGAAAAUUGACUGAGAGGAUGGUGGCUGCAUGUUUGUCCUUUUUGGAAAAGUCACCAGUUAUUUUCAACUUUGCUUUGUGCAAAUGUGUUCUUUCGAAGAAGAAUUUGGUCGAUAUAUCCGUUCUGGGAAACUACCACUACCUCCAAUACUUAGAUGUCUCGAGGAAUAACAUAAAGGACUUGAAGCCACUAGGUCAAAUGCCCUUUCUGCAAUAUUUGAACGUAUCAGAGAACGACAUUGAAUAUCUGUUGGAUUUCAAAGCACCCUUCAAUCUAUAUCACGUUGAUUUUUCGAAAAACUCUGUUAGCGCCAUUCCGGAUUUGAGUGACUUUUGGGCCAUAUCAUAUCUCAAUUUGGCAUACAACGACAUAGAGAAAAUAACUGGAUUGGGGAAUUUGACGUUCCUAACACAUCUGGAUAUGUCUCACAACAACUUAAAAAAAGUGGAGAACCUGACGAAUCUGCGAAUCCAAAACCUCAUACUAAACGACAAUUUAAUCGAUCAGGUCGAUAUCGUUGAUAUGUCGACGUUGUGUUACAUACGUUCAGUCAAUUUGUCUCACAACCGUCUGACAUCGUUGAAGUUCGUCAGGAAAAUUGAAAAUGUCGGGAGCCUCAAUUUGUCGUUCAACAAUGUAUCCGAUUUGCUCGAGGUGUACUACAUGAAGGGCCUGAGGUACUUGACCAGGGUCAAUCUAAAUGAGAAUCCUGUAUCAGACGAACCACACUAUUCAACCAUCUGUAUACGGAAAAUCAUGAACCUCCGCUUCCUAGAUGACGUCGAAAUCACUGCCGAGAAAAAAAUAGACGCUUGGACGAAGAGCAAAAUCAGCUACUUAUUUCCUGCGAGGGAAAGCAGGAUGGAACUAUUCCUGCUUCAACAAAUCAACAGGCCGAAGAUUGGAGCUCACAUAGUGCCAUAUGAUCAACCUCCUCCUGAUGUCAUUAUGGUAGUUGGACCUCCAGGUUCGAGGAAGAAGAAGAUUGUUAGAAGAUUCUUGGAGACACAAAAAAGAAUAUUCCAAGGUGUGAGUCACACUACACGGCCAAUGAGACAUGAAGAAGAAGAUGGACUUGAUUACUACUUUGUGACCAUGGAAGUUUUUUCGGAUUUGGCACGAAAAGGAGAGUUCAUAGCAACGUCAGAAUUCAAUGGAUAUUCUUAUGGAAUAGCUUAUGACGAACUACGAAAAUGUGAGGAUUCAGUCGUAGUAUUCUACUCAGACAUCCAUUCCGCUUUGACACUGAAGGUGAUGGGAAUUUGUCCAAAACUGGUACUGGCCAUGCCUAGAGAGGAAGAAACGCAUUUGAAGUGGUUGAAGUUGACGUACUAUUAUGAUCAUAUUAUGAAUUCGAAAGAAUUGCGUAUAAAGAAUAGUCCCUCUUCAGUCCAAAAUGCCCUCGGAGGUGCCAUCGAUGAUGACAACGAAGUAGUGAAAGAUUUUGACGAACUAUUCGAAAUUGGUGAUGUCAGUGUGACAUCUGACAUGAUGACUUAUGGCGACGAGGAAUUCAGAAGUGCAGGGCAGAACGACGACGGUCGCCAUCUUUACAGGAAUGACAGGUCUCCUACAUCUAUAAAAUCAGACCAGUUCAAUCUUGAAGAUUCCAGCAGGAGAUUAUCCAAUAAAUCAACUACUGGUAUCUUGAAAAAUAAAGAGGGAAUGCAAAAUGGGUCAGAAAAUGUUUCACCGUCUUUGAAAGAAAAAUUCGGCACGAAACGCGUCUCUUUCAACUGGCUGGCGGGCAUGGAUCAACCGGAAGCGGCCGAGGAAACGGCCUCUACGCCGUCCCGUAUCACCCACAAGAGCAUCAGCGACAGCUGCAUCUCCAUGCAGGAGCAGGCUGCUGAGCGCAACUGUGUGGCGGAAAGCCCGCUGCUGAGCGUGCUCAGCUCGAACAAGCUGCCCAAGAGUCAGCAAGGGGGGACCGUGUAUAUGUCGUUAACAGAGAGAUUCGGGCAGCUACAAAUGGAAAAAUUGGGCAGCUUUUUUGAACAAAUAAUACAUUCAAGAAAGGAACUUUUGGAACUUCACUGGGAAAACCCUGGACUAUUCCGGGCAGUGAUUUUCACUGAUGACGAGGAUGACUGUAUGAAGCAGUUGAAGGAGCUUUUGAAGUAUACUGUUGAAUGCCACAAUACUUCAAAACAGAUAUUUUCAUUGGAUCACCCGAGUUCGACAGAUGCCAUAAACUCUAGACUGAAAAGUUUGAAACUGGAUGAAACUUAUUAUGUUCGUAAAUAAAGGUUUUGUAGUUUUAUUGAAUGUAUCAACUCUGUCAUUUAUACUGACAUACCAACUCUUCCAUUUUGAUUUGUUAGGAAAACAAUUUUGUAAUUGAGUGAACCAAUUUUCAUGUAUAAUUAUAUAUCAUUAAAUCAAUUGAAAGAUAUUGUUUUCAAACAAUUCCUAAUUGAAGAUGAG